CGAGGAAUUGUUUCCACAGUACAUUCGUUCACAUACACUCUGUUAUACAAGAGGAACGGUACACUGAGUGUGUAUAGGGUGUGUAGAGUGUGUGUAUGUUUGUAGUGUGUGCACAUGUGUGUGUUUUGUCUACUCAGUAGUCUAGAAGAGGGACAAAUCAAAAUGAGGACAGGAGCAGGUGUGCCCUGUUCUGACGGCUGAGAGCUAGGCAUGCUGGAUAAAGACCCCCCCCCCACCACCAGCAGCCUUCAACUGACGACCUCUGACCCCUCUGACAUUGCUGUGGAACCCGGUGACAUCACAGACGGCCUCGGCAUCAGCAGGAAGAUGUCGGACGUAGUUGAGAGUUUGGACACCAGAGAGUUGGACAUGGGAGAUGGAGAGGAGACUGACAAUGACCCUACCACCAUAGGGGACAGUCGUAUAGGGUUCAGUGCUGUGUAUCACACCGUGGGUUUUAAGGAGUCUGAAGCCAGGGUCUAUCUCCCUACUGUCCCCAUCACUGCUAAGAUACUGGAGGUGGAGAGGUUCAACACAGCCCAGGACAGGUUCAACAUCACGGCACAGAGGAGUGUCAACAAGAGUCAGCCUGCAGUGUUUAAGAUUGAGCUGAGACAUGGAGAGUUCAGCUGGGUGGUCAAGAGAAAGGAGAAACACUUCAUGGACCUCCACAGAGAACUGGUCCGAUACAAGAUGUUCAUGAGGGUGCCGCUACCCUCCCGCAGCCACACAACGAGGAGGAGGACAAUGAAGAAGAGUGAAGCCAGACAUAUGCCGGAGCUACCGCGUGGCGGAGAUGAGUUGGCACAAGACGAACAGGUCUACAGCAGAAGGAAACAGCUGGAAGAUUAUCUGAACAAGCUUCUAAGGAUGGCCAUGUACAGGAAAUACUACCACACUAUGGAGUUUAUAGACGUCAGCCAGAUGUCCUUCAUCCAUGACCUGGGACCUAAAGGACUGGAGGGGAUGAUACACAAGCGUUCCGGAGGUCAUCGUAUCCCAGGCUUGAACUGCUGUGGUCACAGUGAAGUCUGCUACCGCUGGUCUAAACGCUGGUUGGUGAUGAAGGAUUCGUUCCUCUUCUACAUGAAGCCAGACUCAGGAGCCAUUUCCUUUGUUCUCCUGUUGGACAAAGAGUUCAGCGUCAAAAUGGACUCCAAAGACACAGAGACCAAAUACGGAGUACGCAUCGACAGCCUCUCCAGGUGCCUUGUACUGAAGUUGAACAGCUACAGACAUGCUCGGUGGUGGGGCCAGGCGAUAGAAGACUUUGUCCGUAAACACGGGAGGGCGUUUCUACGAGACCAUCGAUUUGGUUCCUUUGCCCAGGAGGAGCAGAACAUCCCUGCCAAAUGGUAUGUGAAUGGGAAGACCUACAUGGAGGACGUAGCCGAUGCUCUGGAAGAAGCUAAAGAAGAGAUCUUCAUCACUGACUGGUGGUUGAGUCCAGAGAUCUUCCUGAAGAGGCCAGUUGUGGAGGGAAACAAAUGGAGACUGGACUGCAUCCUCAAACGCAAAGCGCAACAGGGGGUUCAUAUCUUUGUGAUGCUGUAUAAGGAGGUGGAGCUAGCUCUGGGCAUCAACAGUGAAUACAGCAAGAGAACACUAAUGCACCUGCACCCCAACAUCAAGGUGAUGCGCCACCCGGACCAUGUGUCGUCGUCUGUCUACCUGUGGGCGCAUCACGAGAAGAUCAUCAUCAUCGACCAAUCGGUGGCCUUCGUUGGCGGGAUCGACCUGGCAUAUGGUCGCUGGGACGACCGAGAGCAUCGCCUGACAGAUGUGGGGAGUGUGACACGCUCUGUUGCCCUGGAGAUGGAGCAGUCUCAGAGCUCUGCCCACCAUCCCUCCAGUAGGGGAGUGUCCUCUACUGAUGGUGCUGCCAAUAGCAACGGAGGCAACCAAUCACUGCCUGGCAACCCAGGGGUGGAGCUUCCGCGGCUGAAGGGGAUUGGUCGAACCAGGAGGAUGCACUUCUCCCUAGUCAAACACCUCCACAAACACACUCUGCAGCAUGCAGACAGCAUCAGCUCCUUGGACAGCGCUGGCAGUGGUUCAGUGCGGAGCCUCCAGACAGGUGUAGGAGAGCUGAGGGGUAACACCAGGUUUUGGCAUGGAAAAGACUACUGCAACUUUGUCUACAAGGACUGGAUACAGCUGGAGAAACCCUUCGAUGACUUCAUUGACAGGUACACCACUCCCAGGAUGCCGUGGCAUGACAUCUCCUCUGUGGUCCAUGGGAAAGCUGCCAGGGACGUGGCCAGACACUUCAUACAGCGCUGGAACUUCUGUAAGAUAAUGAAGCCUAAGUAUCAUUCUCUCUCCUACCCGUACCUCCUGCCCAAGUCUCACAGCAGUGCCAGUGAGCUGAGGUACCAGGUGCCCGACUGUGUUCCCACUAGAGUACAGGUGUUGCGGUCAGCAGCUGACUGGUCAGCAGGUAUUAAGUAUCAUGAGGAGUCCAUCCACAACGCCUACCUCCAGACUAUCGCCAGGAGCAAGCACUUCAUCUACAUAGAGAACCAGUUUUUCAUCAGUUGUUCUGACAACAAGAUGGUCUAUAACAAGAUCGGAGAAGCGCUCAUCGAGAGGAUCCUCAGAGCUCAUAAGGAGGGCAAGAAGUUCCGGGUGUACGUGGUGACUCCACUACUUCCUGGGUUUGAAGGUGACAUCACAACAGGGGGAGGAAACGCCCUCCAGGCCGUCAUGCACUUCAACUACAGGACCAUGAUCAGAGGUGAAUACUCCAUCAUCUCCCAGCUGAAGAAAGAAAUGGAUGAACUACAGUGGAUGAACUACAUCUCGUUCUGUGGUCUGAGGACCCACGCUGAGCUGGAGGGACGCCUGGUCACAGAGCUCAUCUACGUCCACAGCAAGAUGCUCAUCGCAGACGACAACACCGUCAUCAUCGGUUCGGCCAACAUCAACGACCGCAGCAUGUUGGGGAAGCGUGACAGCGAGGUGGCGGUGAUCAUUGAGGACUCUGAGACCGUUACCGCGGUGAUGGACGGACAUGAGUACCAGGCUGGACGCUACGCACUGGCGCUUCGUCUAGAGUGCUUCAGGACUGUCCUUGGAGCCCAUAUGGACACGACCAUAGAUGUGUCUGACCCUAUCUCUGACCACUUCUACAAGGAUGUCUGGAUGACCACCGCUGGACGCAACGCAACCAUCUAUGAGAAGGUGUUCCGAUGCCUGCCGUCCUCCCUGGUUCGUAACAUGUCUGAGUUAGAGAGUUACCAGACGAACCCAGGCCUGGCUCAGUCUGACCCAGGUAAAGCCCAGGAGGAGCUAAGGAGGAUCAGAGGGUUCCUGGUUCAAUUCCCUCUGGACUUCCUCUCAGAACAGAACCUAAUGCCUUCUGUUGGGACCAAGGAGGGCAUGGUGCCUACUGAGAUCUGGACCUAGAGGACUAGAUACACACACACACACAUGACUAGACACACACACACACACAGGACUAGACACACACACACACACUCAGGACUAGACACACACACACACACACAGGACAAGACACACACACACACAGACCACUGCAUUGAAGUGUGGAUCUUUAGACUGAUCUCUGGACCUCCAGCUGAUAGCUGACAACUUAAACCACAAACAUGGAGGACCAUGAUGCCGCUUGGCCUGUCACAUCCACAACUCAGCCAAUGAGACUGAUUGCCACGCGGACUAAUGAGGAAGUAAUCAGGAGGACACAACGCUACAGGAUAUUCAGAUAGAAAUAUAUUGUGUAGAGCAGAUCAUCACUUCUCAUCAUGUAGGAUAGGGACCUGGUUAGCUCCACAUGAAUACAUUUCUAUCUGCAAAUGUAUAGGUUUAGAAUGUUUCACCUGACUGAAUACACCUGAAAAUGGGUGAAGAAAAUGAGCACUUCAGUUCAAGUAGAACCUCCUUCAUUUCUAAAUGUUUUGUCCUGUUUUGUGCCUUCUGAAGGCGACCCUGGACACUCUCCUAUGCCUGUCACCUACUCUGUUUGUUAUGCAUGUUCGUAUGGUCGUAGCACUACGUAAGCUCACAUACUGUCUUUAGCUGUAGGGCCUAAAGUUCUGUUAUUUUCUUUAUUUUCUAGAAUAGAGGUUGCCUUUGAGAAGAAGACAUGUAAAUGUUUACAAUCUAAGUAUGGAACUGUUCUGUAAAAUCGUAAUUGUAAAACGAGGCUUUUAACGCUCGCCACGAAUGUUAUGUUAAGUGAAGCACAAAAUGUCACUAUAAACACUCACUGAAUUUCAGCAUGAAUCACAACUACCUACAGCCUUCUGCCUUUAAUACACCUGCUGUUCCAUCACGCCUUGUAAGUAUUUGUAUUGCCUGAUGUAUACAUAAUGUAUCAUAUUGCCUAUUAUAUAAUUAAAUCAUCAAUCCCAUCAUUUCAAAAUACAUUUUCAAUAUACUUGAUAAUAAAAUCAACUUUA